GGACGGGCACCGUGCGGCAGAUCUCGUGUACGGUGUGGUUGGUAUUAAACCCAGGCUCCCGUGCUGUUGCUUGCUGGCACACACACCACACUUGUCAUCUUUCGUCCUCUUUUUGCAGCCUUCCUCUGUCGACCAACGCCCUGUGCGCCGGAGCCAUCAUGUCUUCAUCCUCAGAGGCUUCGGUCGCACACAGCAUCAAUCUUCUCGAGGGCGUGCCAGAGCUGCCAUACGUGAAAGGCUUCAAGGUCCAGAUCCAACAGCACCAUGCGCCAGACCCGUACGGCGCUGUUAUCUACGAAGACCAUUUCGUCAUGGGAAAGAAAUGCCUGCCAGAAACCCCCCUGGCUGAGGCUGUCCUUAGGAUUCCGCCACGCGAAGCGCCCACCGGAGCUUCACCCACCGACUCUCGGCCCGGUACUGCCGAGUUGGAGAUCCUCGAGGUGAUUGCUGGAGGCGACGGCAACGAGGCUCAGGUCGUCCGCUGCAAGGUCUACAGACGGGCCAUCGGGUCCUCACGGCAGCGGCAGGCAGCCUUUGAGGCCGUGGCCAAAAUCUAUGACCCUCUGUACUAUCAUCUGUACCGGCUUGACCCGCACCUCGACUGUUGCACAAUGCACAAGGCCGACACCCACUACACCAGCGAGGUGGCAGCCUACGAGGCCUUCCAGAAUGCCAGAUUUCCAACCGGGGGCACAUUUACGCCACAAUAUUACGGCUCUUGGACCUUCACACUCGCUCAUCCUCGCCCGAAAGGUUUCUCUGCCAAAGCUGGCGAAGACCAAGCAGCACCACUCCAUCGCCAUGUCCGCCUGAUCUUGAUCGAGUACCUCGACGGUUGCUCUUUGCAAGACCUCAUGUACGACGAGAAUUAUGAAUACGUUGAAACUGUCCGAGACACCUAUCACGAGAGUUACCGUCUCUUCGUCUGGGCAAAGAUACUAGAAGCCAUUGUCUUCGUCGAGGACGCCGGGCUGGUACGUAACGAUGACGCUCCGCGCAACGUCAUGCUCGUGCCCCGGCCGAAGAAGUUCGUGCCACUGUCGGAGCAGCAGCAGCCGCGGGUGGUUUUUAUAGAUUACAAUCUCUCAACUGUUGUGAGCAAGCUCGCCGAACCGUACAGAUACCCAUACACAGACACUUGUCAUGACUUGCCGGACAAUCCCUUACAGAAGUGGUGGACAGGCGGUGCUUGUGACUACAGGGGCUGGGUUCCAGAAUGGUAUGAGACUGAUGAGGAGCGGCGUGGCGAAUGGCUGCUCCAGCACUUCGGCAGGGAGAAAUUAGCCAACUAUGCACCCUUAUACGACAAUGGGGCCCUCCCACCGAAGGUAUUCGAGACGAAGUAACCUUUUGUCCUAGUCUGUACAAACAGGCAUCACGCUGGAAAUGCCGGAUGAGACAAUUG